CUUCUUUAUUCUCUUCUUUUUCUUCUUUCUUCCUCCUCCUCCCUCUCCACCCCAUCCCCUGCCCCAUUGAUGUGUUAUUACUGGGGGGGCUGGAGCAGUAAAAAAAGAAGAAGGAAAAAAAGAGCGGGGCUUGGCGGUGAGAGGUUGUGCGCGGGGCUGCGGGGCAUCGGUGGCGAUGGAAGAACUGACGGCGUUCGUCUCCAAGUCUUUUGACCAGAAAGUGAAGGAGAAGAAAGAGGCGAUCACCUACCGGGAGGUGUUGGAGAGCGGGCCGCUGCGCGGGGCCAAGGAUCCGAGCGGCUGCGCGGAGCCGGGCCGCGACGACCGCAGCAGCCCGGCAGUCCGGGCGGCCGGCGGAGGCGGCGGCGGAGGAGGAGGCGGAGGCGGAGGCGGAGGAGGCGGAGGAGGUGCAGGAGGAGGAGGAGGAGGAGGAGGCGGAGGAGCUGGAGGAGGGCGCUCUCCGGUCCGGGAGCUGGACAUGGGCGCCGCGGAGAGAAGCAGGGAGCCGGGCAGCCCGCGGCUCACCGAGGUGUCCCCGGAGCUGAGGGAUCGAAAGGAGGAUGCGAAAGGGAUGGAGGACGAAGGCCAGACCAAGAUCAAGCAGAGGCGAAGUCGGACCAAUUUCACCCUGGAACAACUCAACGAGCUGGAGAGGCUUUUUGAUGAGACCCACUACCCGGACGCCUUCAUGCGCGAGGAGCUGAGCCAGCGGCUGGGGCUGUCGGAGGCCCGAGUGCAGGUUUGGUUCCAAAAUCGAAGAGCUAAAUGUAGAAAACAAGAAAAUCAACUCCAUAAAGGCGUCCUCAUAGGGGCUGCCAGCCAGUUUGAAGCUUGUAGAGUUGCACCCUAUGUCAAUGUAGGUGCUUUAAGGAUGCCAUUUCAGCAGGAUAGUCAUUGCAACGUGACGCCCUUGUCCUUUCAGGUUCAGGCGCAGCUGCAGCUGGACAGCGCCGUGGCGCACGCGCACCACCACCUGCACCCGCACCUGGCUGCGCACGCGCCCUACAUGAUGUUCCCGGCGCCGCCCUUCGGACUGCCGCUGGCCACGCUGGCCGCGGACUCGGCCUCCGCCGCCUCCGUCGUGGCUGCCGCCGCCGCCGCCAAGACCACCAGCAAGAACUCCAGCAUCGCGGAUCUCAGACUGAAAGCCAAAAAGCACGCGGCCGCCCUGGGGCUGUGACGCCGACGCCAGCGCCCUGGUUGCGCCUCCAGCGAGGCGUGCACCCACCCCGCACGCCCUCCGCGCCCUCCGCGCCCCCCGCGCCCCGCUGCUCCUCCGUCGCCCCCUCCGCACUCCCGGAGCCCAGCCUCUUGCCGCCCGGCUGAUCGCCCCUUGCCCGCUUCAGCACCUGGGACUCGGAGGGCAGGACUCAGCGUGGGACCUGUGAUCCCUCAAGGCGCGUCCACGCGUUGGCUGCUGGCCGUGCAGCUAUUUAAGGGCCUAGCAUUCAGCUUUGCAGGGGCGGGUUUGGGGAAGUCUGGAGAGAUGUUGGACACGGGAGUGCUGGGACACCGGAGUGUGGCUUCUGGCAAAGCUGCAAAGAUGGACUCUUGCUCAGAAAUAAAAAUCCUGUUAAUAAAAAAAAAAAAAA